AUGAUUGAAAAAUUCGAAGAAAUGCAAGAAUAUGGUCAACCUCCUGCCCCUUUACUUAAUGCUUUUGGAGGUGAAAGUCCUUUUAAUCUUUUUACAUAAUAGUCAAAUUCAUAAUAAAAUUCUAAUAGCAAUAAUAAUAAUAAUAUUGGUGGUAAUCCUUAAGAUGCUUGUAAUAUUUUUUGA